AGCCAACAAGCCACAAGGGAAACAUCCGUCGAUACAACUUCCAAAGCCCAAGAUGAAGACUUCUGCCGUUAUUGUCGCUGCUUGCGCUGCCGUCGCUGGAGCCGUGCCCACGUAUCGCUUCGGUAACUGGAACUCUACCGUCGUUAACUGGAACACAUCAACUCCUACCAACUGGAACUCUACUACCGGUAUCAACUGGAACACGACGACCAUUGUCAACUGGAACUCGACGGCCAUUGCCAACGGAACUGUCGCUGUCAACACAACAGUCAUCGCGGCCUCUGCUCCUUCUGCUCCUUCUACACCUUAUUACCCCAACACCACUGUCAGCAUCAACAACACUUGGGUGAACCAAAACGAGACUCAUCUUCCCCCUGUGUUGAUCCGUCGUUUCCGAGCCCUGAGAAAGUCGGUGGUCUAAUGUCUUGCCUGGAUACACCUAAACAAACAACGAAAAAUGAUCGAUGAAAUUUGAGACUACGAGAUUUGGUGCUUGGUGCUUUGAAACUUCUUUUUUACGCGCCGUUGGGAUAUGCCGUUGACCUGAUUCUUAUGAUUUAUAAUUUGCCGAGAUGAAAACGCG